UAGUAAUACAAAUAACAAAGGUGGUAUAUUAUUUAUGACUAGCCUCUGCUGUGGCACAAAGCAGAACUAAAUGUAGGCAGGCAUGAGGAGGAAAGAAUACAGGUUUGGGCAACAGGAACAACUUCUAAGACUUCUUAGAAAAACCUAUAAACUGCCCUGAUGAGGUUAUAAUCCACAGAUGUUAUCUUGUGCACUGCAAGUAUCUGUACCACGCAGACAUUGUCACUGAGUGAAGAUUCCAACUAAACUGUAGUAAUUUAUUUCAUUCAGUCUUUUUGAAGUUGUAGUAACUCUUCCUAACAAGGAAGCAGAUUGAAAGAUAUAUAAUACUUUAAAAGCUAAAUUAUACUGUAUGUGUAACUUCAAUAGCUUGAAAACAUUCAUAAGGCUGUAAAACUUUUAUAGCUUUAGGAGUGAUUAGGUUACCUAAAUCAGAAGUCUCACGAACUGUCUCAGUGCAUUUUGUGCAGGAGGAUGUAUCUUUUUUGAUAGUUCACCAGAACAGAGUCCAUUUAAAAAAAAAACAAAAACAAAAAAAACCCUUGAAAGUAUAAAUUCACCCUUCCAGAGAGAAAAAACACUAUUUAUUUUUGGGUCUUAGAUCCCAAAGUGGUGGGCAAUUAGCAAAUAGUUGAUUGCAAAUGAAGUGUUCUGGCCAUGUACCUAUAUUUAGAUUUUGAAUUAAUUUGAUAUGAACGAAGUGAAACACCAUUAAAGCAAAUGGGGUCCAGUGCAGACUUGCACACUCAGUUUUGUCAGUGCACCAUCUUCUGACCUGCAAUAUCCUUGCUAUUCUGGUUCUCACUAUCUUUUAAGCAGAGCAGGCUAAGUGUUUGGUUUUUGUUAUGUGCACAAAUAGACUAGGAUGAGACUGAGUUGGAAGGCACAACUGGCACAUAAAUAAGGUUUGGAACUAUGUUCUUCAGACAGAAGGCUAGUGUCCCGAUACACAUUAUAUUAAAACUAAAGCAUUGCAGUGGUAUGGCUUUUUAUUUUGCUACAGUCUUAUCCCAUCCUAUAAUAGAAAUACUUUCACUUUAAUAUUAGUGAAGGUGAUUUGCUGUAAUAUGAACACAUUUAUUUUGGCAUGAGUUUUACACCUGAGGGAAGAUGUUUCUGGGGAAACUCACUACUUUCAUCUGUACCCUAGCCAGAAAUUAUUAUAGUAGUUGGAACAAAAAUCUAACCAUGUUAAGUACAUUCCUGUUUCCACUUGUAAGUGUCCUUUACGUAUAUAGCACUGUAGAUGUGCAUAAUAGUUUGGACAGAAUGACAGAUCCCUACUCCAAGGAGUUUACAAUCUAAGGACUUGUUUACAUGGGGAAAUAGCCUGGAAUAGCUAAUAUACAAUAGCUAUUCUGCAUUAGCUCCACAUAUGGACACUCUUAUUCUGUAGUAGGGGUGUCUGUCCAAUUUACUUUAAUCGACUUUGCAAGUGGAUUAAGCUAAACUGCAAAAAGACACUCUUUUAGCAUAUAUCUCUACAGCAAUUGGGAGAUGUGACUGCAGCACAUGUAGCCAUACCUGGCUCUAACUUGCCCAUUAAAAAUAGCAGUGAAACUGCAGUGGCAUGGGCUUGUCACCUGAAUACAUAUCUAGUGUCCCAGAGGGCUUGUACUCAAGGGCUUGCUAGCCUGUGCUGCGUUGCCUUAGAUGCUAUUUUUAGCUAGCUAGCUAGAUCAAAGCUAGUUUGGGAAUGCCUAUGCAUGCUGCAGUCACACCUCCCAACUGCUGUGUAAAGAUACUCUAAUGUGCGGUGCUAGAGUGGAAUAGCUAUUGGGCUUUAAAUUCACAACCUAGCUUAUUUCACCCUAACUGUGAAGACGUGCCCUAAGUAAAUAACGUAGCAAGGGGUGACAAAAAGGUGUGGGAAAAGGGUUGUGUAUAUAUAGGAAGGUGAUUGUGCAGAAAGAGAUCAUAAGGCUUGCUUACUUGUCAGUUUUUUUCUCUAAGUUUUAAUGAAGAUUUUGGGGCAGUGUUUGGAGUGGCAGAAGGGUGACCAGAUGUCACAAUUUAUUAGGAACAGACCUGAUAUUUGGGGCUUUGUCUUAUAUAAGUGCCUAUUACUCAUCACUCCCUGUCCUGAUUUUUCACACUUCCUAUCUGGUCACCUAGGUGGUGGACACAUUGGAAAGCUAACUGAAAGAAAUGAGUUUUGUUGAGGGAUUUGGAAGAGAGUAAGGCUACAUAAUAUACAGUUGGAGAGGAUAUUCCACAUAUUAUACUACCUGUUUAAAGCCCUAGAAUAUGGAAAGUGCGUUUUACUAAUCUUACUGGUCAACCUAAUGGUGAUCGAGGAGAAAUCUAGCUUUCUGUGUUUGGGUAAAAUCUUACUGGAAAUGUACAAUUUCCUGAUAUGUCACUUUUUAAUAAUACAUACUACCAUGGGGGGAACACUUUAUUUCCAUUAGCUUGGAGUGAUGAACGGAUUUUUUUUUUUUUUUUUGUGGAAAGGCAAUGAAUGAGAAAUGCUGAUGUCAGUGAGUAAUCUGUAUUUAGUUUCCAGUGUUCUUCCUCGCCACUCCUAAAUCCGUAGGACAAGAUAAAGAACACAACUCUAGCGAAGUGGGGAAAAAAAUGGUAUUAAAAGGUAAACAGGCUUCUUGUACUUAAUUUGUAGGGAGCUGAAGAAUGCAUUGAUUUAAAGAGUACACAUCAGCAGUGGUGCCUGCUGUGUGAGCUGUAUGGUGGAUAUCAUCUGCAUCAUCCAAACUGUCUCUUGUCAGUACUACUUUUGUUCUUGCAUUAGCAUGCACAUGACUGAAUUAUGAAGGAAGCCUUUCCCUUUGUUUUGGACGCAAUUGCCUCCUUUUGAAUCCCCAUCUAGGCUCCAAACUUAUGGAACUGGAGUGUGGGAUGCUAUGUAAUUGAUAUGGAUUUUUCAUUUUGAGGUGAAUUGCCACAUUAAUGUCACCAGCUAAAACCAAAUCAGAUAUGUUGAAGGGCUUUUCACUUUUGGUAGGCAGAUCUGCAAAUAUCUCCUGUACUAUUUUAUACUAAAUUUUGUAGCAGUUUUGUGAUGGGAAUAAAUGCAUACGAGUCUGAAACUACCAAACUUAUCCCUUGUGACCAAAUCUAGAUUUAAACUAAUUUCUCCAAAAGUGAAAGGUUAGUGUAUUAACCCACUUUUCUGCCUGACUUCUUAUUGACGUAUAUGGUAAACCAAUAAUUGCAUUCCUUUCUUUCCCAAAUCUUUUCUAAUGGAGAAAUGUUUGUCUAAUUAUUUCUACAUAACAAGCAUUAAAACUAUUAAAAAAAAAAAGGAUCAAUGACCUAUUUAGCAUCAAAAGAACAGGUCAUUGAAAGCAAACUUCAGGACAGCGAAGUACUGUUUUGCCAGUUCAAUAUAUUAUGUAAGUCAGAUAUUUUUCAAUGCCAGUUUUUCAUCUGCUUUCUACAGUGUUUAAAUGCAGUUACAUCUGAUCUGAUUUGACUGUUGGUCUUGAAUAGUUCAUGAAGGUUGGAAGCAGUAGAGCCUAUAAAAGCAGGCAUGAUCGCUGUCAAGUAAUUUGGGCCUAAAAUAUGGUUUAUCAUAGAGCUCUUGUAAUCUGGUGGGGAAUGUUGAGUGUCUAAACAUUUUUAUCUCAACUGUCAUUAAAAUUUACAUAAAUCCCAAAUUCACCACCUUUGUCCUUGCUUGCAAGUCCUGUGGGUUUACUUUGACCUUGGGUGCCCUUUCUAAAAUGACUGUGGCUUUCUCCCGCUCCUUACUUCCCCUCUCACCUAAAGGAGCCAGGGGCAGCUAUAAACCAGUGUCUUUUACAGAUACCUACCUCUGGCAGUACAAUUAUUAAAAAGAAGUCCAAUCCAGGCCAUGUCUACAUAAGCAAGCAAACUCGGCUGAAACCUUUUAAUUCCUUUGUAGACAGAGUUCAAUACCUUUAAGAUCACUUGACCUGGUUGUGGUGUUGGACCCUAGGCUAGACAGGACCUAGAUAUUUUCUCAGCUUGCAGGAGUGGGAAGAAGAGUGAUGGCUUCAGUGGCUAAUACAUAGGAGUAUUAGAUUCAAAGUUCUGGUAUCUGAGUGCUUACUGGCUUUGAACACUCUGGUUGCUGGCAUUCUUGAUCAGAGAUAGUGUGCAAUCAUUGCCUUUUAGAGGGGUUCUAAGCCCUGGUUUGGCAUGCUCUUCUUAAAAAUCUGAAAUCUGCACUAGUGUCUGUCACCUUCUACUUAGAAUUAACAAGCCCUGUUCUCAGAACUCUUCCAUGGCUGUGACUUGCAACAGCAACCCCCCCCCCCAAAGUAUCUAUGCUACAUUAGACAAUUCCUGUCACUCUCUCACUACAGUUGUUGUUGAAUGUACUGCUCUUAGGGCUUGGCUACACUUGCGAGUUACAAUGCAAUAAAGGAGCCCCAGGUGCACUACUCACUACCCGUCCACAUUGGGAAGGUACAUAGAGUGCUCUGACUCCGUUGCUACAGCGCUGCUGGUACUCCACCUCAGCGAGUGGAAUGAUGUUUGCUGCUCCCUGGCUGGAGCGCCACAGCACCAGUGUGAACGAGGUGUUGCAUUACUGCGUUCUGAUCAGCCUCCGGAAACGUCCCAUAAUCCCCUUAAGUCAAGUGGCCACUCUUGUCAUUGUUUUUGAAUUGCUGCAGGAUGCAGAUAUGCCCUUUGAAAUCUCAAUUUCUGACAGCCGGCUGCUUUGUCUCGGAGCAGAUAAGCAACCAUUACUGUGGAAUGCUGUGUGAGAGAGAGUGGCGGGGGUCAGGAGGGGGAUCUUUUGGUGUCUGAACUUACAAGACAGCAUGCUGACAUGCUCUCAGCCCCCACAAAAACCCACUCUCUCUCCCCCUACAUACACGCAACAUAAUCCUUGUCACACUCCACCCCACUGCCCCCCCCAUUUGAAAAGCAUGUUGCAGUCACUUGCAUGCUGGGAUAGCUGCCCAUAGUGCACCACUCCCAAUGCCACUGCAAGUGCCGCAAAUGUGGCCUCGCCAGUGUGCUUGAAGCUAUCAGUGUGGACAGACUACAGUGCUUUCCCUACUGCGCUCUCCAAAGGCUGGUUUAACUCAAAGCGCUCUACAUCUGCAAGUGUAGCCGUGCUCUUAGUUGCAGAUAAUCACCACUGGUGACUUCCAUUUGUGACCUAAGAACAUGUCCAGCCCAGGCAUCCCGGAGAUGCUUGUUCCAGGCUGUGGCACACUAAUCUAUUGUUAGGAAGGACAUAGCUUUCAGCUCCUUUAUGGGAGGGACCAGCUAUAACUGAUAGUGGCUUUUUUGUUUUGUUUUUUUCAAACAUCACUCCUUUCCUUGUGUCUUUUUUUCCUUCUGGCAAACACUUCCCUCUUAUGGAGCCCAAGUCAUCAUAGCUCUGCAAAGCCCUUCUCCAAGCUUCUAACAAGGAAUGACUAUGGAUAAAAGCGAGCUGGUACAGAAAGCCAAACUGGCCGAACAGGCUGAGCGCUAUGAUGACAUGGCUGCUGCUAUGAAGGCUGUCACUGAGCAAGGACAUGAACUGUCCAAUGAAGAAAGGAAUUUACUCUCUGUUGCCUAUAAGAAUGUGGUUGGUGCCCGUCGCUCUUCCUGGCGUGUAAUUUCCAGCAUUGAACAGAAAACAGAGAGGAAUGAGAAGAAACAGCAGAUGGGAAGAGAGUAUCGUGAGAAAAUUGAGGCUGAAUUGCAGGAUAUCUGCAAUGAUGUUCUGGAACUCUUGGAUAAGUACCUUAUUGUCAAUGCCACACAGCCAGAAAGCAAGGUCUUCUAUUUGAAAAUGAAAGGCGAUUACUUCAGAUAUCUUUCGGAGGUGGCAUCUGGAGACAGCAAACAAACAACGGUAUCAAACUCUCAGCAGGCUUACCAGGAGGCAUUUGAAAUUAGCAAGAAAGAGAUGCAACCUACACACCCCAUUCGGCUUGGUUUGGCUCUCAAUUUCUCUGUCUUUUAUUAUGAGAUAUUAAAUUCCCCUGAAAAAGCCUGUAGUCUGGCAAAGACGGCUUUUGAUGAAGCGAUAGCUGAGCUGGACACACUGAAUGAAGAGUCUUACAAAGACAGCACUCUGAUCAUGCAGCUACUAAGGGACAACCUUACUCUAUGGACGUCGGAAAACCAGGGAGAUGAAGGGGAUGCUGGGGAGGGAGAGAACUAAUGGCUGUCCUGCUUCACUAUAUGUUCAAUGUCACUCUGUAUCCUACACAUAUAUCCCUUUGUGCGACAAGCAAAAAGAAUAGUACAUCGACUUUCACAACCUCAACGUAGCAAAAACUGUCUGUGGGGUAAAAACAAUUGGUUGGUGUUUUGUGUACUUAAAAUGGAGAUUGGUUAUACAACUGCAUUCUGAACUUAUUAUGAACAUUUGCAGUUAUGAUUACCAUGUUUAUAUUUUUAACUCAACACUGUGAUUAUGGGUUUUGUGAUUGCAGCUGACUUUACAAAACUCUUCCUGGUAGAAACUAGAUAUUAAUUAUGUAACUCUGGAAAGCUUAAUCUGGCACCAAAAAUAGUCGAAGUACAAUUCUGUUGUAAAGUUGUACAGAAAGUUAUAAAAAUUGUAUUGUGACACUGGGGCAUGGAAGGAAAACAAUCCAUUGUAUGGCAUUCCAGUUCAGUAACAUACUUCAGUGAAUUAGUUUAACAGGCACACUCUAUAGACAUUUUUAACCAAGUUUGGUGCACCGCUUUCAGUCAAAAGCUCACUUUAAAUAAUCUUACUUUUCUGAGAGUUUUUUUUGGGAGUAUAGCUCCCUAGGUUUCCAAACUACAUUGGCGAGUAAUUGGGGUUUGACUUUGAAAAAUGAUCCAGUGCUCAUACAACAUGCAUGACUAAAACCCCUUCCCACAGCAAUAAAUUACUUAGUUACAACUUGGACUCUUCUUCAGUAGUAAGAUAGUGCACUACUGUCAACUUGCAACAGGAAAAAACUAAUAUUGUAUAAAUGGCCUUAUUAGUUUUUUGGAUAAUACUGAUAAGAGUAAAAUAAUGCAAAGAUUGCAUUUCACUUAGGAGAAUUAAAAUCUGCUUGGGUAUUCCCACUCUGAACUCUAUCUGGAAAAAUUUCUAAUAUUCCACUCCGCUAUCUUUGAAUUCAGUUUAUAGAAAUCUUCCUCCCAUUGAAUUGAUGUUCAUCCUCACCCUCUCCCACCUGCUUUUAAAAUUCAUUAAAAAAUUUCUGGACUCCUACAUAUGUUCCAUUAUUUGUGGAUUAUAAGUGAUAUCAGGGUGAUGGAGAGACAUGAGUGUGCUAGUGGACAGGUCUCUUACUCAGAUAUUUGAGAGUUGCUAGUGCUGCUGUAGUCUUCAGCUCUUAAUGUCUGCCACUUUAAGCCAGAUCCUGGUAUUACCUAAAAUUUUCAAGAUUUCCCAUUAUUUCUUACUGGAAUGCAGACCUUACACAUUUGUAAUGCUUGUUAGGAACGUGUGAUAUUAGAACUCCAAAUGUCCUCAUUUAGUUGUGUUCCCAAACAAGUCCAGUCAGAUAAGACCUCAUAAGAGUUGCAUGAAUAAUGCAAUGGAAACGAUUAGGAAUAGUCAUCUAUCAGUCUCCCAGUAUCAUUCCUCUACCAUUUCUCCUAGCUGUAGAAUCCAUCUGUUUGUCUGUCCAUCUGUCUCCUGGAGAGAGAAUUUCAUGCACUGAUUUUAAAACUCCCCUCUACUAGCUGAACAAAUAGUGCAGUUAAUACUUGGCGCUUGAUAAAUGCAGUAGUGAUGAAUGUGGAACCGAGCCUGUCUGUAUAUCUGGUAGCUCUUUUCGCUUUGUUUUUACUGACCAGUAUUCUGCCUAAAGUUUGCUUCUGUGACGGUUAUAUUGCUAGCACACACGUGGUUGUGAGAAUAGUAUAGCAAAAAAGAAAUACCUGGUUAUUGAUGUACUAGAUUUGUGUAUGUCUUUUAAACAGUUCUAGUUUCACCUUACACAAAAUAAUCAGGAAAGUGUAAAAGAAUUCAAAAGUGAAUAAUAAAAAAAAAUUUAUCAGUU